CCAGGGGAGGGAGCUGGGGCUGCGCGCUCUGAAAGGCUCAUUUAUAUCCAGAGCGGGGUCCGGGCUGCUCGGCCGCCGGCCCGGCUCGCAUCCCGCCGCACGAUGCUGGCGCUGCUGCUGGCGCUGCUGCUGGCGGCGGCCGCGCCGCACGGCGGCUCCGACAGCCCCAGGGCGAAGCAGAAGGAGAAGGCGCUCCGGCAGCGGGAGGUGGUGGACGUGUACAAUGGCAUGUGCUUACAAGGCCCCAGCGGUGUUCCUGGGCGGGAUGGAAACCCCGGAGCCAACGGCAUCCCUGGCACCCCCGGGAUCCCGGGCCGGGACGGGCUGAAGGGGGAGAAGGGCGAGUGCCUGCGUGAGAGCGUGGAGGAGUCCUGGACACCCAACUUCAAGCAGUGCUCGUGGAGCGCCCUCAAUUACGGCAUCGACCUGGGCAAGAUCGCGGAGUGCACGUUCACCAAGAUGCGCUCCAGCAGCGCGCUCCGCGUGCUCUUCAGCGGCUCCCUCCGGCUCAAGUGCAGGAGCGCCUGCUGCCAGCGCUGGUACUUCACCUUCAACGGGGCAGAGUGUGCUGGGCCACUGCCCAUUGAAGCCAUCAUAUACCUGGAUCAAGGGAGCCCAGAGCUGAAUUCUACUAUUAACAUACACAGAACUUCUUCAGUGGAAGGUCUGUGUGAAGGGAUCAACGCUGGCUUGGUGGAUAUUGCCAUCUGGGUUGGGACAUGCUCAGACUAUCCACGGGGAGAUGCUUCUACUGGAUGGAAUUCAGUCUCCCGAAUCAUCAUUGAAGAACUGCCAAAAUAACUUCCCUCCCUUUUUAUAAUACCUUUUUUUUAAAAAAAAAAUUGUAUUAUUUUUUUCAGAAUUUAUUUCAAUAGAGUUGGAUGCAAGUUCUGGACUGAAAGGCACCAAAGCCUUGCAUCUGUAGCCUGUCUUGUUUUGCACAUGGCAGAGGCUUUUUAUAAUAAUCGUUUUAGAAUACAAGUAUCAAAACCAAGUUCAUUAACAUUUUACAUUUCUUUUUUGAUGUAAUACCACCACUGUUUUUAGAAUUAACUGUAACAUUUUGUAUCAAAUAAAUAAGACCUUUUACAAAACAAAAUCUAGGUUAUUUUAUUGAACAUUAAUCUGUUUCAGGUAUUUUACAUGGUGUUGUGAUACACAAUUUUUUAGAAGGCUUUAUAGAUAAAGUUCUAAGAAAGUAAAAUCAGGUGCUGGCUUUAGCCUUCAGAAAACAUACAUAAAAUUCACUCCUGUAAAGCUAAAUGCUGAAUAGGAUGCUCUGCUAUUACAGUCUUGUCUCUCAACAAACUCCUGGUGACUUGUGACCUAGACAAUGUGGUAAGUGUUAAAUACCUCAUUAUAAAUAACUGAACAAAACCAGACUGUCUAAGCUCUCUUCCCACUCUUGCUUCUUGAUAGACUGGAUUUCACUGGUCUUCAUUACUAAGAUGCAGACAUGAAAUAAUUUUACAGUUACAACACUUAAUUUCAUUGCUCCAAUAAAAUAAUUCUCCUGGAUUUAGCCUUUCAGAUACAUAGAAUCACUUUGGUGUUGGUUAAAAGCUAGAUAUAUUAAACAGUUCAGAAGAUACAGAAAUAAGGCAGGUUUUUCAAAAAGUGAGCUGGUAAAGUGAAACAAUGAUUUCACAGCUGUUAGACAAGUGAC